GGUCGAGGGCUCCCAAAAAAUGACUCCAGCGUUGGUGUGACGACAGUAACCGGUAAGUAUAAAGGCUGAGACGGAAAGUUAUCUGCUUAUACCUCCAGACUGGCCUUUACGGCUAACCAACCGCUGAGGCUGAAACAACUCAUCACUGUGCGCUCAACUGACGCUGGGAAAGAGGAGACUUUGGAUCCUACCCAGACUACCCACUAAAUUACCAUGAAAUCGACAUGUCUGCUCAUCUUGGCUUCCCUCGUGGUCUGCAACUUGACAGUGUGUGGAGGACAGGGCGUCCCCGCUGAGGACGAGACGGACGGAAGGACCCUAGACGACAUCAUACUAGAGAGAGCAGAAAGUAUCCUGUUACGGUCCAUUCUCAAAAAGAUCCAGGAUGAAAACGGCAGAAACGAGGGAUCUUCCUCUCUGGCAGAAUGGGUAACGAAACGACAGCAUCCUGGUAAGAGAUACAGCGAGGACUUUGAGAAGCGCCAGCAUCCGGGGAGGAGAGAAGAAGACGAGGAUGAACAGUACUUGGAUGUUCAAAGGAGACAGCACCCGGGUAAGCGCGAAGAUGAAAUGCACUCGUUCAUGGAGCUCCAGAAAAGGCAGCACCCGGGAAAGCGCUUCACGACGGGACAGAUUUCCGAAAACCCCGUAAUGUUCAUGAGUGAACUUUCAAAACGUCAGCACCCGGGAAAGCGAUACCUGGUGCUGCACAGCAAACGCCAGCACCCAGGUAAGCGUCAUCCCGAGGACGAGGACGAUGAUGGGGAGUGGGAUGCGGACGCGGAUGGAGACGAAGACCUGGUUGAGUUGGAAAAGCGUCAGCACCCCGGAAAACGCUUUUGGGAUAACUCCAUUCCGGAUUUAGAGACAAGCAGUCCGUGUGAUGUAUUGGACCCUACGAGCUGCAGAAAGACCAGUUUGCUGCUCGACUUUUUAGACAACAUCAACAAGAGUCAUGUCGAGGAGAAGAGACAACACCCGGGUAAAAGGAUUGCACCCGAGGAGGAUUUAGUGGAAGAGUAAAUUAAACACAAGGCUGGUGUGCGUUUACUGCAGUAUUGUAAACAAAUAAAUAUGUGACCAUAAUGAAUUAUUAAAAAUGAAAAAAUACUUUACAUCAUUUAAACGUUUGUGCCACCGUUUUUUUUUUUUGGUCAACGGUUACUGUAUAACCAUUACAACACAUUUAUCUGCUGUUUGUUUCUUUGGAAAGCUUGUGCGUAAUUUUGCUCCAAACUGACUAUCGUUGUAUCAUUUUCAUUAGAGUGCGUUCCAAAUGUUGAACUUUAUUUAUAAGUUAUUAUUAUAAUUACAUAUUUAUUGCGUUAAUUAGGCUACUUAUGUUAAAAACCAAGUCAAAGAAUGAAAGCAUUAGUCUACUGGCGUUUGCGAUGUUGCCUCUGUGAGGCAACACAGCUUGUCAGUACAGUACAUGCUUUUAUCAAUGAAAGGGGCUAACGUUUACAGCUUUGCAAAAUGAAAUCCAUUCAUUGAUUGAUUUGUGUUUUAUUGUUUUCUACUUAAAUAUAAUGAAUAUAACGCAGCAAAUAAAAUGUGCCAUUGAUUAUUUUCCAACA